UUCAACAGCAACGCAAGCCAUUUGCAUCCUUAAGCAUCAACAUUUGGGUUCUUCUUCCUUCAAACAAGCACAAAAAUGGGUUUCCGUUUUCCUGCCAUUCGACGGGCAUCAUUCAACGCUAACCAAGCAGCUUCAAAAUCAGUACAAGUUCCGAAGGGCUAUGUUGCAGUCUAUGUUGGAGAAAAUAUGAGGAGGUUCGUGAUCCCCAUAUCAUACUUAAACCAACCUUCAUUCCAAGACUUAUUGAGUCAAGCUGAGGAAGAGUUUGGAUAUGAUCAUCCCAUGGGUGGCCUCACAAUUCCUUGCAGUGAAGAUGUCUUCCAACAGACAACUUCUCGCUUAAAUGAACAAUAAAUCCCACACUUUAGGAAACUAACAUAGAUUAGUAGAUACAUUUUGUACAAUAUAGGCAUGUUCUCUAGCGUGUAACAAUUGUUACCAAUUUUUGAGUAAUGACAACAAAUUCAAUUGCUAAGUA